CAACCACCCCUUCCCGACAGCCUCUUCGAGCCCCAGCUCCCGCCCAGUCUGCACCGUGGCAUCAGCGGCGACAGACGUCUGGUGGUCGAGAAGCUUGGCGUUCUGGCCUAGCAGCUUUUCCAGCAGGCAUUCGCAGCUCACAGUAGAGCCCUCGGACUUUGAGAAGGAAGCCCUGCCACAGAAGGCUGUGGAAACCCGGGGCGCUUCUGCCUUUGUCCUUGGCAUUGACUCAGAAUUCUUUGAGUCCUGCUCAAACUCUGAGCUGAUCCCCCCCCCCCAGUGUUAGAUCAUAUUCUGAAAAGUGGGAGCUAUGGCUGUGUUACUACUAGAGGAUUGGUGCAAAGGGAUGGACCUGGACCCCAGGAAAGCCCUGCUGAUUGUGGGGGUCCCGGUGGAGUGUAGCGAGGCUGAAAUCAAAGAGACGGUGAAGGCAGGCUUGCACCCCCUUUGCACCUACAGGGUGCUGGGCAGGAUAUUCAGGAGGGAAGACAACGCUAAGGCGGUCUUCAUAGAAUUGGCCGACACGGUCAAUUACGCGACCAUGCCCAAUCAGAUACCGGGCAAGGGAGGCCCCUGGGAAGUGGUAGUGAAGCCCCGUAACCCAGAUGACGAGUUUAUCAAUAGGCUAAACUACUUCCUGAAAGAUGAGGGCCGCAGGAUGGCAGACGUGGCCAUCACCCUGGGCUUCGGCGCGCUGGGGGAGGGCGGAGCCUGGGGCUUGGGCCUGCUCGGGGCCCCGGCGCUGCCGCUGCUGAAGGAGAGCAUGUGGUACCGGAAACUGAAAGUGUUUUCGGGAAAUGCUGAGCCGGCGUCAGAGGACGAGAACUUUGAGGUGUGGCUGGAGCAGGUCACCGAGAUAAUGGCGCUGUGGCAAGUGUCUGAGGCCGAGAAGAGGCGGCGUCUGCUGGAGAGCCUGCGCGGCCCGGCCCUGGCCAUCAUGCGCGUGCUCCGGGCCAACGACGCGGCCCUCACCACAGAGCAGUGCCUGGACGCCCUCAAGCAGAUCUUCGGGAGCAAGGAGGACUGCAGAACCUCGCAGUUUAAGUUUCUCCAGACCUUCCCCAAGGCUGGAGAGAAAAAUUCGGCUUUCCUGCUCCGGCUGGAGCCCCUGCUGCAAAAGGCUGUGCAGAACAGCCCCUUGUCGGUGCGCAGCAGCGACACCAUCCGCCUGAAACACAUGCUGGCUCGUGCCGCCCCGACCCCCACGCUCAGGGGCAAGCUCGAGCUGCUGGAUCAGAGAGAGUGUCCCCCCACUUUCCUGGAGUUAAUGAAGCUCGUUCGUGAUGAGGAGGAGUGGGAGACCACCAUGGCGGUGACGAGGGAGAAGCAGCGGCAGGUGGGCAGGGCCCGCAGGGCCUCUGACAGACAGGCCGGGGCGGAGAGCAGCGGCCCGCCCCCGCAGGCGGUCGUGCAGGAGGGGCUGUUCCAGGACAGCAGCACCCAGACCAUCCAGAGAGGGUUGGGGCUGUCGCUCAAGCGCAGGCAGCCGUCCUGCUCCCACAGCAGCGGGGAGGAGGACCAGGGUCAGGCGGUGUGCCCCGGGGCGGAGCGCCCACCUCCGGCCAAGCAGAUGCCUCAGCCUGCAGUAGAGCAGUCGGGAAACGAGUUGGGGGCUGGGGCCAUGAGCCACCCCGAGCCCUAGAAAGCACAGGCUCACAACACUCAGAAACCCCUUCUCCCAGUGGGUUGCUGAGAGAGAUUAAGGAGGAGAGGGCGCAGUCCCCACCGACAGCAGGGGACUGGGGGGGGGCAGAGGUGGGGCAGGGAAACCAGGCCCCGCUGGUUGAGCCCCCACGCCCCCCGCUAGCUGGAAGGGACUCCAUCCCCCAAGCCCUACAUGUCUCAAUGAGGGGCCAGCACUCUGCUCCUAGGAGGGGCCGGCCCCGCAAGCGAGCAGCCACCACCUUUACAACAUGGGGAGCCCAAGCCUCAGGCGGGGCCCCCAGCAUGGCAGAGGGUGCAGCUGGGAACUCUGGCCUGGGCAUGAGCCCAGUCUUCUGGCCACCCCUAGAAACCCACCCAGUGGGAUCUGACCUAAGGAUGCCGCUGGGCCCAGAGGCCGCCUGGGGCCCUGAGGGUCCUUUUCUAGGGAUGCCUCUGCCCGAAAGGGCCAGCACCAGCCAGGAAGGGUGGCAGGGCAGGGAGGUCACACCCCGGAGGGGGGACCGCAGGAUUCAGCCUGUCUUCAGGAUCAUCUAUACCGCUCUAGGGGAGCCCCAGGAAGGCAGCACCCUCGAGCCCCUGCGCGAGUAAGAGCAGGAGACCCCAAGGCCUUGGGAGCUGGGAGAGGCUAGGGGGCAAGGGGAGCAACCGUUGAUGUGAGGGGAAGACCCUUGGGCUAGGGCCCUGGCUCGGCCUGAGUAAGCAGGGAACCUUGUUUUGGAGGAGGGGGAGGAGGCUGAGGAGGGAGGAUGGGGGUUUCGUUCUGCCAGAUCACGCAGAGCACGACACCUGGAGAGAGCAGGCGGGGGCCCGGGCCUGGCCGGCACAGCACACGCAGCAGCCGCCAAGCCACAGGCAUCCCCAAGCUUCCCCAGCAACUGGCUGGGGAGCACCGCUGAGCAGCUGCCCGGGGCUCUGCAGGCAGGGACCCCCAUGUUCCAUCCUCCGGAGCAGACUGCUCCCUGUUAGGGAAGCCCACCUGUGUCUCUGGGGCCCCAUCAAGACCGCGGCUUGUCCUUGGGGAGGGGCGUGUGCGCUUCCCGGCAGUUCCCGGCCCACGCCGCCCCAGAAGGGGCCUGUGCUCUGCCGCGCCGCCCUCUUGUCAUUGCUAUCCAGCGCGCCCUGACUGUCCCGCGGGGGCCCAGGGCACGGUCCCGCCCCGGCAUGGCGGCAGGACGGGCUGGGGGCGGCCUCA